GAUUGCAAUUUAUGAAAUAGAAUAUACGAUAUAAAUAUAGUUAGUUUUUAUGUCACGCUGUGUGGGCAGUCUUCGAAAAAUGGCCAAUUUCAGUGGAGUGAAACUCGAUCAAGUGGUCAAGCAGCUGGAGAGCUUUGCGCCCACAUCCCUGGCCGAGAAGUGGGACAACGUGGGAUUGCUGAUCGAGCCGCCAAACGAUAAACUGGUUGAGCGGAUACUGCUGACCAAUGAUCUCACCGAGCCCGUGAUGGGCGAAGCUAUUGAGAAGAAAGUGGACAUGAUUAUCAGCUAUCAUCCGCCAAUUUUCAAGCCUCUUACCCGCAUCACAAAGGCAAACUGGAAGGAGCGAGUUGUGGCUGCCUGUCUGUCCAACUCCAUAGCGUUGUACUCACCCCACACUGCCUGGGAUAAGGUUCUUGGAGGAGUAAACGAUUGGUUAGCCAAGGCAAUUGUGGAUAUACAGGGAAUAAAGCCUCUGGUGCCUGAACCAGACGCUGUGCCAGGCACUGGAUCAGGACGUCUGGUGGAAACCAAUAUGCCUAUAUCACAGCUUGUACAAGCUCUACAGGAACAUAUUGAGAAUAGCGUGCAUGUGGCAUUUGCCGUGGAUCAUCAGGCAAAGACGUUUGUGAAUACUGUUGGCAUCUGUGGCGGUUCUGGAGGCUCGCUGCUGCGUGGUCUGCAGGUGGAUCUGGUCAUAACUGGUGAAAUGUCGCAUCACGAGCUCUUGGACUUUAAUCACAAUGGCACAACGGUGUUGCUGUGCAACCACAGUAACUCUGAGCGUGGUUACCUACGAGAAUUCCUGCCAAUGCUAGAUGAUCGCCUUCAGGGUGCUUGUGAGCUGUUCAUAUCGGAAAAAGAUAAGGAUCCCUUGCAUACGGUGAUGAGAGGCAACGCACAGGCCACACAAAAGGUUCAACAGUAGUCAUGUUUUUGUUAACAAUGCAUUUAUUUAAAUACAAUUAAUGAAGACCUA